AUGCCAGCUGAGCCCAUCGCCAUUAUUGGAACCAGUUGCAGGUUCCCUGGGGACGCAAUCUCCCCCUCUCGCCUUUGGGAGCUGUUGAAACAUCCCCGCGACGUAGCGUCCGCUCCUCCUCCCACCCGCUUCGACGCCCUCGCCUUCUACCAUAAGGAUGCAGGCUACCCUGGAACUGGUAACAGUCCAGAAGCCUACUUCCUUUCCGAGGACCCUCGAUGUUUCGAUGCGCCUUUUUUCAAUAUUUCCUCCGCGGAAGCGGGAGCCAUGGAUCCACAGCAUAGACAGCUCCUAGAAGCAGUCUUUGAAUCACUGGAAGCAGCCGGGCUUCGCCUUGACCAGCUUCGAGGCUCGUCAACCGGCGUCUUCUGCGGCCAAAUGAGCUCGGAGUGGGGUGAACUGGUCUCGAUAGACUUUCAGGCCGUCCCCCCACACGCUGCCACCGGUGGCGCCCGCAGUAUCCUAGCCAACCGUGUCUCCUACUUCUUUGACUGGCAUGGUCCGUCGGUGGUUGUAGACACUGCAUGCUCAUCCAGCAUGGUUGCCCUCCACCAGGCUGUCACCGCUCUCCAGCAGCAGGAGUGUCCUGUAGCAAUCGCCGCGGGCGUCAACCUCCUCCUUACUCCGAAUUUCUUCAUCACAACAUCCAAGAUGACAAUGCUGUCGCCGGAUGGCCGCGGUCGGAUGUGGGAUGCUAACGCCAAUGGCUAUGCAAGGGGAGAAGGUGUUGCUUCGAUCGUUUUGAAGAGGCUCUCCGACGCCGUGGCCAAUGGCGACCCGAUCGAGUGCGUAAUUAAAGGGACUGGCGUCAAUCAGGACGGUCGAACACUUGGACUUACCAUGCCUUCUGGCACGGCUCAACGGCGACUGAUUGAAAGCACGUAUGCCCGCGCAGGGCUGGAUCCCCGCAAUCCUCGAGACCGCUGUCAGUACUUUGAGGCCCAUGGAACUGGGACCUUGGCCGGUGAUCCCCAGGAAGCCUCCGCAAUCCAUGGCGCCUUCUUUGGCGAGCAAGGCGACGACGGCAACUCACACAAUUCGAGUCCCUUGUAUGUGGGUUCAAUCAAGACUAUAGUGGGCCAUACCGAAGGCUUGGCCGGGUUAGCUGGUAUCAUCAAGGCCUCACUAUCAAUCCAAAACAGGACAAUCACCCCAAAUCUCCUCUUCGAGACUUUGAACCCAGCGCUAGAACCGUUCAUUGCGCAUUUGAAGGUUCCUACCGAACCAAUGGCCUGGCCAGCCCUUGCGAGAGGCGUUCCCCGCCGCGUCUCGGUUAACUCGUUUGGAUUUGGAGGGACCAAUGCUCACGCCAUUCUGGAAAGCUAUGAGCCGCCAGAGUCGGACAUCGGACUCAACGGGGCCCAUACUAUCAAUGGAGCAGAUGCAGCAAAUGGGCUUAAUGGGCACACUCCGGUCUCUGCGUUACUCCCGUUUGUUUUCUCCGCUGUGACUGCAAAGAAGUUGGCCACCGUUUUGAGCAUAUACCAGCAGUAUCUCCGGGACAAUCCCGCAACUUCGUUGAUGCAACUUGCAGCUACCCUCAUAGAGCGACGAUCCGCCUUGACGUACAGGCUAGCCCUAACCGCCUCCACUGCCGACGAGCUGCUGACGGAGAUUGACAAGCAUUUGAGAGAUGCUCAGAGAACGCAGAUGCUGCCCUUCAUGGCCGAACGUGCCCGUGCCGAAAAUAGGCGGCUAGUUGGCGUCUUUACAGGCCAGGGCGCACAAUGGCCACAGAUGGGCGCUGACCUGAUUACCAGCUCUCCAACAGCCCUUAAAUGGAUUGGCGAAAUGCAGCAGUCCCUCGAUGGGUUACCCAGCAAGUACCGGCCGUCAUUCUCCCUCUUGGAGGAGCUCUCCAAUGCGUCGGCCCCGCUCCAUACCGCGGGUCUCUCCCAGCCACUCUGCACAGCGCUGCAGAUUAUCCUCGUCCGAUUCCUCAAGUCUCUGGGCGUCUCAUUCGAUGCCAUUGUCGGCCAUUCAUCUGGUGAAAUCGCUGCAGCAUACGCUGCAGGAUUUCUGACAAUGUCGGAUGCAAUUCGUAUUGCUUAUCUCCGGGGUUUCGUCGCUUCUCAAGCUGGAGCGGGGGAUGGUCAGCCCGGAGCGAUGAUGGCUGUUGGGAUGUCCAGUACAGAAGCCGUCGAGAUUUGUAACCGUCCAGAAUUUAAAGGUCGAGUUAUGCUGGCCGCAAGCAACGCCCCAUCCAGCGUUACCCUGUCCGGAGAUGCGGACGCCAUCCAUCGACUCGAGGAGGAGCUGAAAGAGGAGAACAAGUUUGCACGCCUGCUCCGUGUAGACACGGCAUAUCAUUCUCAUCAUAUGCUUCUGUGCUCUUCGGCAUACAGGGAAGCUUUGAACAAGUGCAAUAUCCAGAUCCACGCACCUGGAUCCGACACGAAGUGGUACUCGAGUGUGUACCCAGGCGUGGUUAUCAAUCUGUCCAAGAGCUCAUCCUCGCUAACGGGUGAGUACUGGAUAGAGAAUAUGGUAAGCCAGGUAUCAUUCACGGAAGCAGUUGAGGCCGUUGUGACGCAUCUGGGAGAGCCUUCGUUAGUGAUUGAAGUUGGUCCACACCCGGCUCUGAAAGGCCCAGCGCAGCAAACAUUUGCUUCCGUUCUUCCUGUCGAGUCCGAUGUGCCCUAUGUGGGUGCCCUGGAGCGCGGAAGUGCUGGUGUAAAAUCAAUGGCGUCAGCCAUUGGGAGAAUCUGGGGACAUCUCGGACCGCAGACCAUCGAUGUAACGAGCUACGCCCGGCUCUUCAACUCGCACUGGAAGAUAGACCUCGUAAAGGACUUGCCUAGUUAUCCUUUCAGCCAUGAAAAGGCAUAUACAUUCCACAAGCGACUCGUGAACCACCAUUUAUUCAAACGGGGCCCGCCCAACAUCCUCAUUGGCUCCUUAGAACCCACGUCCGGAGACAGAGAAUGGCGAUGGCAUAAUUAUCUGAAGUCCGACAUCCUCCCAUGGCUUAGCGGUCAUCAGAUCCAGUCGCAAACGGUUUUCCCCGCCGCUGGUUACAUUUCGAUGGCUUUUGAAGCAGCGAGUGUAGUUUGCGGGGAUAGGCCGAUUCGCCAGGUGAGAAUUGAAGACUUUGUCAUACGCCAGGCUAUCGUCAUGCCAGAGGACGAUCCCAUUGGCAUCGAGACUCUCUUCAGAUUGGCGAAAGUUACUGAGAGCAAAGUCCUUCAAAGCACGGUGGGCGAAUUCCAAAUCGACGCGACUACCGGCGACUCGUUGCAGACUCGCGCUUCCGGUCGAUUGACCAUUCUCUGGGGUCAACCAGAUACCAAAACUCUUGCCCGGGGUGAACCCCCACCGUGUGACGCCCAUCCAGUGGAUCCGAAUGACUUUUACGCCUUUCUUUCCACCCUGGGGUACGGAUACACUGGUCCAUUCAGAGGAAUCCAAAGUCUCACUCGCAAAAAGGACCUGGCAUUUGGGGAGCUAUGCAAUGACGUGUCGUUCGGACACAGCACUCCUGUCGUUGACUCUCCCGGUCCCCAGUUGCAUCCCGUUGUGCUGGACUCCGCGCUUCAGGUCGUUCUGGCGUCUCUUGGUGCACCUGGAGAUGGUGAGAUCUAUACUCUUAUGGUGCCGACCAGCAUCAAGAGUAUCGUCAUUAACCCGGUUUUCUGUGGUGCUUCCGGAACAGCGGCCGCAGGCAAGAUAUUGUCCGCACGAGGAGAAUGUACCAAGCUUGACUCGGACGGUUUCUCCGGUGAUUGUGAUAUCUUCACGCAAGACGGCCAUGGCCUCGUCCAAAUCGCUGGAGUUGAAGUCUCGCCUCUGCAACAACCCUUGGACAGGCGGCAACUCUUCUCGAAGCUUGUUGUGGGACCCAUUGAGCCCAAGGACUGGAUACUGCCACCGAGGUCGUCGGAAAUCACAAAAGUACUUAAGCUGAGUGAGCUGAUCAUAUUCCUUUACAUGAGGUUUUGCCUUGAUGACCUUACCGAAGAGGACCGACAGGGGCUUGACUGGCAUCGGCAGACCGUCGUUUCUUGGAUGGAGCACACUUUGGCCAUAACUCGGGAGGGAAAACAUCCCCUGUUGCGCCGUGAGUGGUUGGAACUCACGCGAGAUGAUCUUGAUCGUCUUCUGGAGCAAGGAACUGUUAUUCCGGCCGCCAGAAUGGCCGCCAUAGUGUAUGAGAAUCUUAUCGGGUUCAUCCGUGGUGAGACGUCGCUGCUGGAGGAACUGCGCAAAAAUGAUGCCCUGACGCAGUUCUAUAAAGAGGAUACCAGUAUAGCCGCCAUGAACGAGGGUCUCGGGCAGCUUGUUAAUCAGAUGACUUUUCGUUAUCCAAGGAUGAAAAUCCUAGAGAUUGGCGCGGGCACUGGCUCGGCGACACGCGCUAUUCUCAGUCGCAUUGGACUUGCUUGCCAUUCAUAUACCUUUACUGAUAUCUCAGUGGCUUUCUUCGAGGACGCAAAAGUAGAUCUCGAGCCCUAUGAAGAUCGAAUGAUUUACAAGGCAUUAAACAUUGAGCGAGAUCCAAUUGAGCAGGGCUUCGAGGAGCACUCGUACGAUCUCAUUGUGGCGUCAAACGUCCUACACGCGACGAAAUUCAUGAAGCCGACGAUGGAGCGGGUCCGUCGCCUCUUGAAGCCCGGUGGGUACCUUGCACUGCAGGAGGUCACCAAUCUAGACAUGAUCGCGAAGACGUGGUGUUUCUCCACGUUUGACGGGUGGUGGGCAGGGCAUGAGGACGGACGCGUCUGGGGUCCUAUGGUCAGCCCCUCAGGCUGGGACCAGCUGCUGAAAGACACGGAAUUUAGCGGUAUCGACGUAUUCACCACAGCUGCGGAGGAUGAGAGAUACUGUGACACUUCUCUGAUUAUCAGUCAAGCUGUGGAUUCGCACAUCCGGCUGCUGCGAGAUCCUUUGGCUUUCAACACUGAUCCCUUGACCUUGUUCCCCCGGCCUACCGAACUCGUCGUCUUGGGUGGAACGGAGAACUGGGCGAGGUCUCUGGCGGGCGAUUUGUCGACCCUUGUGGAAUCUCGCUUCACAGGUGUCAUCCAUGCAACCUCUCUUGACUCACCGGCAUUGCUAAAUAUUUCUGAUGAUAGCAGUGUCGUUGUCCUGAGUAUGCUUGACCUUGGGUUGUCAUGGUUUGAUGACCUCAAUGAGAAUCGCCUGCAGUCAAUGCAGCGCUUAGUGUCAAUGGCCGACAAGAUGUUGUGGGUGACUGUCGGGCCAGAAAGCGAAAGGCCUCAUUAUGGCCUUAGCAGUGGUUGGCUGAAAUCCCUCGUUCAAGAGAAUCCCAAGUCCCUCUAUCAAUACUUUAAUAUCGACGACCAGAACGACGCCACUCCAUGGCUGGUAGCGACCGUUCUCAUGCGCCUCGCUUACACCCAAACCUCCAAUGACUUCACGCAUCCUACCUGCCUUCACACCACCGAACUGGAACUGUUCUUCAAGGACGGAAAGAUACAGGCAGUUCGCUUGCAGGACGACCAAGACAACAACGAUCGGUAUGCGGCGGUCAGAAAGAAGGUGGCUAAGAAAGUCGAUUUGUCGUCAGCUAGCGUUAAUGUUACCCAGACGCCAGACGGUCACCAUGUCAUCCAGAUUGCGGAGGCCGACGGUCGAAUGCCUUGCAAUGGUGUCGUUGACUACAUUCGUGUACGGUCGCGGUAUGCCACCGUUCAGGCAGUGCGAAUUGCAAAUGACGUGUUUCUUCACUUGGUGAUUGGAGUGGACGAGAAUGGCUCUCGAUUGCUUUGCUUAGCGGACCAGCACAGCUCGCACUUCCAGGUGCCCAAGGAAUGGACUCUGGAGGUACCAUUCGAGAUCGGGGAGGACCAUGAUGGCGAGCUUCUCAAGGCCGUGGCCGAUACGGUGGUUGCAAUCUUCUUGGUUGAACGGGCCAAAGAUAACUCAGCGCUCUUCGUUCAUGAGGCUGGAGACGUAGUUCGCAAGGCGAUCCUCAGCCAAGUCUCCCACCGCAACAUGGAAGUAUUAUUUACUACGAGCCGGCGUCUUCCACCUGAAGGGGUCUACGAGUUGCCGUCCACUGCUUCAGCUCGGGCUCUGCGAGACAUCCUGCCGCGGGAAAUCUCUGUGGCCGCAUGCUUAGACCUUGAAGAGAACAGCAGAUCAAUAUUUUCGCACUUUGAUCUAGUGCUAUCCCCCGAGGUCAUCCGCGAGGCUGUCAAAACUCUCUAUAGACCAUCCGUACUCAACCCUAAGAGUGCGCUCAUGUUUGGCAACCAACUUGUGGCCAAGCUCCGUGAUUUGAGCCCAGCAAUAUUGGGGUGGAUGAAGGAAUGCUCCUCGACUAUCGGGGUCCCUGCUAACGAGCUGGCAACUCAAAAGGUCUCAGCGGAUAGCAUCGUUGACUGGACACAAUGCUUUUCUCUGAUAGCCCAUAUCCAGCCUUCAGCCUCACUCGUCCAGUUAUCAAGCCAGAAGACGUACCUCCUGGCCGGUAUGGCAGGCGACUUUGGCCAGUCCAUUGCCCAGUGGAUGGUAACUAGAGGCGCUCGUCAUAUAGUCCUAGCCAGUCGUAACCCGAAAAUAAAUACCAAGUGGAUCGAGUCGAUGGCGCGGAAAGGGGCGCGCAUGGCUCCGAUGGCCCUGGACUUGACGAGCCGUGAGUCAGUAAUAGAUCUUUUCCGCGAAAUUCAACAGUGGUAUCCCCCGAUUGGCGGUGUCGUCAAUGGAGCCCUAAACUUGGAAGACAGCGAUUUCCUCCAGACAUCUGUGGACAUCAUUCAACGAAACAUGGCACCCAAGGUUGAGGGCACUCUUUUCCUUGAUGAGCUCUGUGGCCCAACCGUCAACCUAGACUUUUUCAUUGUCUUUGGGUCCUUGGCUGGGAUCUUUGGUAAUGAGAGUCAAUCGGCAUACGCGGCUGCGGUCUGUUUUCAAAAUAACCUAAUCCAUAGGCGGCGUGCACGCGGCUUGGUGGCGAGUAUCAUACACCUCGGUGUAGUCAAUGGCAUUGGAAUCUUGGCCCGCAAGGGCCAAAACCUUAUCCAGCAUAUCCAGAGCACCACAGGCUCCUAUCUCCUCUCCGAGAGGGACGUCGACCGCUUUUUCGCCGAGGCUAUUGUCGCCGGCCGUCCCGAGUCUGGCCGCCACCCAGAAGUCAUCAACGGAAUGAUGAAACGCGACCCCGAGGACGUCGAAUUGAGAUGGUAUCGCAAGCCUUUGCUUUGGGGUGGCAGCAAUAGCUCCACCAUAGCGCAGCUGGAAUCGGCCACAACCUUGGACCAGGUCACCGGAAUUGUGGAGGCUAGUCUCAUAACCAAAGUCCGCAGCAAAUUCAGCCUUGCGGACGAUUAUCCCCUGACGGCUGCGACCCAGCUUCGUGAGCUGGGUAUGGAUUCGCUGGUCGCUGUCGAUCUGCGCAAAUGGCUUGCAAAGGAGCUGGCAGUCGAGAUUCCUCUGUUGGAGAUUCUGAAUGGCGGAUCCAUUAGGCAUUUGACAGCCGAGGCGGUUGCGGCGUUGCCGCAGGGGUUCGUUGCCAAUGGUGAGUUGCCCACGCCAGCCCAACACACCAGUCAAGCUAACUUGGAGCACAGGCAGCACAAUCUCGUCCCUGAGGUCUCUCUGGCAUCAGAAAUAACCCACGUUGCAUUGGCCUUUAUGCACUCCUCAACCUUCAACCGGAAUAACAAUGAGUCAACCUGGCCUCUUUUCACCACUGUCGAAGCGGCACGCGCCAAGUUCUCCCCGGGGAUACCUAUAAUGGUGGCCAUUGGCGGGUGGGGAGAUACGCAGGGGUUCUCUGAGGGCGCUCGGACGGAGGAAAGUCGGAAGUUGUUUGCAUCGAAUAUCAGGAGGAUGCUGGAUGAUACAGGGGCGGAUGGCGUUGAUAUUGACUGGGAGUAUCCUGGCGGCAACGGUGACGACUACAAGCAAACGCCAAACUCCGAGAAAGCGUGGGAGAUCGCAGCCUACCCCGAGUUCCUUGCAGAGAUCCGGGCAGCUAUUCCAGGCAAAUUGAUAUCCGCCGCCGUCCCUGGUCUUCGACGAGACAUGCUGGCCUUCACUAAGGAGACUAUACCCUCAAUCGAGCCCUCGGUGGACUUCUUGAACGUUAUGGCCUACGAUCUGAUGAACAGACGAGACAACGUUACGAAACAUCAUACUGGCCUGCAGCUAUCGCUCGACUCUAUCAACGCAUAUUUGGAGGCUGGAAUGCCAGCUGAGAAGCUGAAUCUCGGCCUUGCGUACUACGUGAAAUGGUUCAAGACCGUCUCGGGGGACCAAUGCGCAAGAAAACCCGUCGGAUGUCCAACCGUGCCAAUGGAAGACCCAACUACAGGCGCAGACCUCGGACAAGCGGGGGCGUUCUCAUGGAUUGAUCGGGUCCCUUCUGAAUUAUCUGCAAGCUUUGAGAAGGCCAAAACAAACGGAGUGUAUGAUACUGUCGGUGGCGGCUACUAUUUCUGGGACGAGAACAAAAGUAUAUUCUGGUCUUGGGACACGCCCGACGCUAUCAAGCAGAAAUUCCCGCAGAUUUUGCGGGAGAAAGAGCUGGGCGGAGUGUUUGCCUGGGGUCUGGGUGAGGAUGCUCCUGAAUUCACGCAUUUGGCGGCGACUAUUGAUGGUCUCCGAGAGACCCCAGCAAAGGAUACUGAGGAACAUAGGGCUUCGAGUGAGGGCAAGUGUAAGAGGGACGAGUUAUGA